AUGGUGUUCUUCAGGAGUGUCACUGCGCUUUCCAAGCUCCGUUCUCGUCUUGGCCAACAGUCGAAUCUCAGAGAUUCCGUUAGAUGGCUUCAAACGCAGACCUCCACAGAUCUUGACCUUCGUUCUCAGUUGAAGGAAUUGAUUCCAGAACAACAGGAACGUCUGAAGAAAAUCAAGGCAGAAUAUGGAAAAGUUCAACUGGGAAAUAUCACUGUUGAUAUGGUUCUUGGUGGAAUGAGAGGAAUGACAGGGUUGCUGUGGGAAACUUCCUUACUUGACCCAGAUGAGGGGAUUCGCUUCAGGGGUUUGUCAAUUCCAGAAUGCCAGAAAGUAUUACCAGGUGCAAAGCCUGGUGGGGAACCUUUGCCUGAGGGUCUUCUGUGGCUACUUUUAACAGGAAAGGUACCAAGCAAAGAGCAAGUUGAUGCAUUAUCGGAGGAAUUGAGGAGCCGUGCCGUAGUUCCAGAUUAUGUGUAUAAGGCCAUUGAUGCUCUGCCUAUUACAGCACAUCCAAUGACUCAGUUUACCACCGGUGUUAUGGCCCUCCAGGUUCAGAGUGAAUUCCAGAAGGCAUACGAUAAGGGGAUACAUAAGUCAAAGUACUGGGAGCCAACUUUUGAGGAUUCACUUAGCUUGAUUGCACAACUGCCAGUAGUAGCUUCUUAUGUUUACCGGAGAAUUUUUAAGGAUGGAAAAGUAAUACCUGUUGAUGACUCCCUGGAUUAUGGUGCAAAUUUUUCACACUUGUUGGGCUUUGACGAUCCCGAGAUGCACGAGCUUAUGAGGCUUUAUGUCACCAUUCAUAGUGAUCAUGAAGGUGGGAAUGUCAGUGCUCACACCGGCCACCUUGUUGCUAGUGCACUUUCAGAUCCUUAUCUUUCGUUUGCAGCUGCAUUAAAUGGGUUGGCUGGCCCACUCCAUGGUUUGGCUAAUCAGGAAGUUUUGCUCUGGAUAAAAUCUGUGGUAGAUGAAGUUGGAGAGAACGUAACUACAGAGCAGUUGAAAGAUUAUGUCUGGAAAACAUUAAACAGUGGGAAGGUUGUUCCUGGUUUUGGACACGGAGUCUUGCGUAAAACAGAUCCACGAUACUCGUGUCAAAGGGAGUUUGCAUUAAAGCACUUGCCUGAUGAUCCGCUGUUUCAGCUGGUCUCCAAGCUUUAUGAAGUUGUGCCUCCCAUUCUUCUCGAACUAGGCAAGGUUAAAAACCCCUGGCCCAAUGUAGAUGCUCACAGUGGAGUUCUGUUGAACCAUUUUGGUUUGACUGAGGCAAGAUUUUUUACUGUUCUUUUUGGUGUAUCAAGGAGUAUAGGGAUUGGUUCUCAGCUGAUAUGGGACCGGGCUCUUGGUUUGCCUCUUGAAAGGCCAAAAAGUGUUACGAUGGAAUCACUGGAAAAUUACUGCAAGAAAGCAGCUUCGUCCUGA